AUGGCCAACUGCCGACAACGCAUCCCCAAGUUCUCCAAACAGAACUCGGUUGAUAACCCUCUUACUUGGGGCCUUCCUAAGCAAGCACUAGAAAGCUACAGCAGUCACUGCAGCACGACUUUACGGAGGAGGGACUGGGUGGAGCUUGGGGCCGGCAGUCCCUGGGACCAGAGCGCGUACAGGCGCUGCCUACCAGGGCAUGCCAACUCAGAAAUUAUGAAACUCCGUAUCAGAAGGCCUGCCAACUGUGUUCAUUUAAUUUCUACAUCGGAAUACAUUGAGUUGUUUUCUGUUAUGGAAUUGACCAAAAUGUCAGAUAUGACAAAGCUCCACCAAGCUGUGGCUGCAGGGGACUGCAAGUCAGUGAAAAAGAUUUUGAAGAAAGGUUUCUGUGACCCAAACUACAAGGAUGUGGACUGGAAUGACCGGACUCCACUUCAUUGGGCUGCAAUCAAAGGGCACAUGGAAGUGAUGCACCUCCUGAUAGAAUAUGGAGCUAGGCCCUGCUUGGUAACUGAUGUGGGCUGGACCCCAGCUCAUUUUGCAGCAGAAUCUGGCCAUCUGAACGUGCUCAAAACCCUCCAUCUGCUUCAUGCUGCCAUCGAUGCCCCUGACUUCUUUGGAGACACACCAAAGAGGAUUGCACAGAUCUACGGGCAGAAAGCCUGUGUGGCAUUCCUGGAAAAGGCUGAGCUGGAGUGCAGGGACCACCGACUCUCCGCCAAGAAGAAGGGGCUGCUGCUGGAUCAGCGGGAUGAAGACUGGGAUGCCAAGAAGAGGGAGCUGGAGCUGUCUCUUCCUUCCUCGAAUCAAAAUACGAAUAAGAAAAAGAAUCAGAAGCAUCGAGGCCCCACUGGAGUGAGUAAUACCAAGGAGAGAAGAAAGUGAAUUGGUUAGAACUGCAGACCUUGGGAUCUAUGCUCUCCUUGCUGUGACCCCGGGGUAGCGGUGGUCAGAGAAUGCUGUUUUGGCAUCUCCUUACUCAGAGACCACUACCCAGGU